AUUUGGUUUUGACAUCUUAUAAUAAUGUCGAUUGGAAAAUUUAUGCAGAUGAUAUGUGCCUCAAAAUUUAUCUAUGCCAUUUUUCAAAAGUGCAGUGAUAAAGUGUUCAUGGUUCAGCUGACAGAUAGUAUAGCAAAUGAAAAUACACGACUAAAGCAUGAAGUUUCAGAGAUAUUGGCCCAUCAUGAUUCUUUAGUGUCAUCAUGGACUAUAUAAAAUAAGCUUGAGAAUAUAAAGCAUUGUCAAUAAAAUCAAUAGUG